AUACCUAUGGAAAGUCCACAAACAGGACAUGAGGGCGGCCCUCUUCUCAUUGGUUCACAGCAGCUGAUAAUCAGAGGAUUGUUUGGAGCCAAAAUCCGUCUAUGGUUGUAUCCUUUGUCUAUUUUUAAUAUACUCCCCUAAUUUGCUUGCUGUAAAGGGAGUAUGCAUCUAGAGAUCAAAGUUGCUCUGAACUUCAUCAUCUCAUAUCUGUACAACAAGCUUCCACGGAGACGAGCUGACCUGUUUGGUGAAGAGCUAGAGAGGCUGCUAAAAAAGAAAUAUGAAGGCCAUUGGUAUCCAGAGAAGCCUCUGAAAGGUUCUGGCUACCGUUGUGUUCACAUUGGAGAAACUGUGGACCCCGUAGUGGAAAUGGCAGCCAAGAGGAGUGGACUGGCUGUAGAGGAUGUGCGAGCCAAUGUCCCUGAAGAACUGAGUGUUUGGAUUGAUCCAUUUGAGGUCUCUUACCAAAUUGGUGAGAAAGGGUCAAUCAAGGUCCUCUACCUGGAUGACAGUGAGGGCUGCAGUGCAGCUGAGUUGGACAAGGAGAUCAAGAGCAGUUUCAAUCCUGAUGCACAAGUGUUUGUACCUAUUGGAAGCCAGGACAAUUCCUUAUCUAAUUCUCCAUCUCCGUCUUUUGGUCAGUCACCUAGCCCUACAUUCAUCCCACGAUCUGCUCAGCCAAUUACUUUUACCACUGCCACAUUCGCUGCCACAAAGUUUGGCUCAACUAAGAUGAAGAAAGGUGGAGGAGCUGGAGCAAGCACCAAUGGUACGGGAGUUCCACAGCAGCAGCAACAACGUUUGGUCCGUUCACCCACCAAUAACCUGCUGAAGCACAAAGGCCUCUCCCUGUCUAUGCAUUCUCUGAACUUCAUCGGGGGCAGCCCAGCCCCUCAGUCUCAACUCUCCCCCAACGCCAAGGAGUUUGUUUACAAUGGUGGAUCACCAGGAGCCAGCAGCCUCUUCUUUGAUGGGGUAGCCACUGAAAACCAGGCUGGUGGCAUCCCUCCUACAUCACAGUUCAGUGCCAGUGGUGGCAGCAGCUUUGACAUGGCUCAGGUUUUUGGUGGAAGCACCAACAGCCUUUUUCUGGAGAAGACACCCUUUGUGGAAGGACUAAGCUACAAUCUGAAUGCCAUGCAGUAUCCCAGCCAGUCGUUCCAGCCAGUGGUUUUGGCCAACUGACCACCAUAUGAGUAUUCUGGGGAAAAUUACUUCCAAAAAAAAAAAAAAACC